CGGCGGCGCGGCGGGGGCCCGGGGCCGCCCGCGCGAAGCCCCGCCCCGGCCGCCGAGCCCCGCGCGGGCGGGCGGGAUGCCCCGCGGCCGCCGCACUUUGGCCGGAGCGCGGCCCUGAGCUGGCCGGCCCGGCGGGCGCGGGCGCCAUGGAGCAGUGGCGGCAAUGCGGCCGCUGGCUCAUCGACUGCAGGGUCCUGCCGCCCAACCACCGCGUCGUCUGGCCCUCGGCCGUGGUCUUCGACCUGGCCCAGGCCCUGCGCGACGGCGUCCUGUUGUGCCAGCUGCUGCACAACCUCUCCCCCGGCUCCAUCGACCUCAAGGACGUCAACUUCCGGCCGCAGAUGUCCCAGUUCCUGUGUUUGAAGAACAUCCGCACCUUCCUGAAAGUCUGCCAUGACAAGUUUGGACUCAGGAACAGUGAGCUGUUUGACCCCUUCGACCUCUUCGAUGUCCGAGACUUCGGGAAGGUCAUCUCCGCCGUGUCAAGACUCUCCCUGCACAACUUGGCUCAGAACAAAGGGAUCAGGCCCUUCCCCUCGGAGGAGACGGCGGAGAAUGACGAGGACGUGUACCGCAGCCUGGAGGAGCUGGCAGAUGAGCACGGCGUGGGAGAGGACAUCUAUGACUGCGUCCCGUGCGAGGAUGACGGGGAUGACAUCUACGAGGACAUCAUCAAGGUGGAGGUGCAGCAGCCCAUGAAAAUGGGCAUGACGGAGGACGACAAGAGAAACUGCUGCCUGCUUGAGAUCCAGGAGACGGAGGCCAAGUACUACCGGACGCUGGAGGACAUCGAGAAGAACUACGUGACACCCCUGAGGCUGGUCCUCAGCCCGGCGGACAUGGCGGCCAUCUUCAUCAACCUGGAGGACCUGAUUAAGGUGCAUCACAGCUUCCUGAGGGCCAUCGACGUGUCCAUGAUGGCGGGCGGCAGCUCGCUGGCCAAGGUCUUCCUGGACUUCAAGGAGAGGCUCCUGAUCUACGGGGAGUACUGCAGUCACAUGGAGCACGCCCAGAACACACUGAACCAGCUCCUGGCCAGCAGGGAGGACUUCAGACAGAAAGUUGAGGAAUGCACCCUGAAGGUCCAGGACGGGAAGUUCAAGCUGCAGGACCUGUUGGUAGUGCCCAUGCAGAGGGUGCUCAAAUACCACCUGCUCCUCAAGGAACUUCUGAGCCAUUCCACCGACCGGCCAGAGAGGCAGCAGCUCAAAGAAGCGCUGGAGGCCAUGCAGGACUUGGCCAUGUACAUAAAUGAAGUUAAACGGGACAAAGAGACCCUGAAGAAAAUCAGCGAAUUUCAGAGCUCUAUAGAAAACUUGCAAGUGAAACUGGAGGAAUUUGGGAGACCGAAGAUCGACGGGGAGCUGAAGGUCCGGUCCAUAGUCAACCACACCAAGCAAGACAGGUACCUGUUCCUGUUUGACAAGGUGGUCAUCGUCUGCAAGAGGAGGGGCUACAGCUACGAGCUGAAGGAGAUCAUAGAGCUGCUCUUCCACAAGAUGACCGAUGACCCCAUGAACAACAAGGACGUCAAGAAGUGGUCCUACGGCUUCUAUCUCAUUCACUUGCAAGGCAAGCAGGGCUUCCAGUUUUUCUGCAAGACAGAGGACAUGAAGAGGAAAUGGAUGGAGCAGUUUGAGAUGGCCAUGUCAAACAUCAAGCCCGACAAGGCCAACGCCAACCACCAUAGCUUCCAGAUGUACACGUUCGACAAGACCACCAACUGCAAGGCCUGCCGCAUGUUCCUCAGGGGUACUUUCUACCAGGGUUACCUCUGCACCAAGUGUGGCGUCGGGGCACACAAGGAGUGUCUGGAAGUGACCCCUCCCUGCAAGAUCAGUUCUCCUGCAGACCCGGACGCCUCUGGAGCGGGGCCAGGUCCCAAGAUGGUGGCUGUGCAGAAUUACCAUGGCAACCCCGCUCCACCCGGGAAGCCGGUGCUGACCUUCCAGACGGGCGAUGUGAUCGAGCUGCUGAGAGGCGACCCCGAGUCUCAGUGGUGGGAGGGUCGGCUGGUGCAGACCAGGAAGUCAGGCUACUUCCCCAGCUCGUCUGUGAAGCCCUGUCCUGUGGAUGGAAGACCGCCCAUCAGCCGGCCGCUGUCCCGGGAGAUGGACUACACGGCAUACCCCUGGUUUGCCGGGAAUAUGGAGAGGCAGCAGACCGACAACCUGCUCAAAUCCCACGCCAGCGGGACCUACCUAAUCAGGGAGCGGCCGGCGGAGGCCGAGCGCUUUGCCAUAAGCAUCAAGUUCAACGACGAGGUGAAGCACAUCAAGGUGGUGGAGAAAGACAGCUGGGUCCACAUCACAGAAGCCAAGAAGUUUGAAAGCCUCUUGGAGCUGGUGGAGUAUUACCAGUGCCACUCGCUCAAGGAGAGCUUCAAGCAGCUGGACACCACACUCAAGUACCCCUACAAGGCACGGGAACGCACAGCCUCCAGGGCCUCCAGCCGCUCCCCAGCUUCCUGCGCUUCCUACAACUUUUCUUUUCUCAGUCCUCAGGGCCUCGGCCUUGCUUCUCAGGGCUCCUCCGCGCCCUUCUGGUCAGCAGUGUUUACACCCCGUGUCAUCGGCACGGCCGUGGCCAGGUACAACUUCGCCGCCCGCGACUUGCGGGAGCUCUCACUGCGGGAAGGUGACGUGGUGAAGAUAUACAGUCGCAUCGGCGGGGACCAGGGCUGGUGGAAGGGCGAGACCAACGGCCGGAUUGGCUGGUUUCCUUCAACAUAUGUAGAAGAGGAGGGAGUCCAGUGACAGCGAGACCACAGACAGGACUCGCGGAUUUUCUCGGAAGAGUUGCUCCAGUGGUGACAUCUGUCUCUAGCUCUGCAACCCAAGAGGGAAAAUGCCUGCCAACCUUGCAGUCUUCGACAGCCCGUGGGGAUGGGGAGGGGGUUCAGAAUCCUACAUGUGAUCUGUCCUGCCAUCAGUCUUCCCCUGGUGGCCUGUCCUGGGUACACGCUGCUUGUACAUAGAGGAAAUCUGGGCCAGCCCUGGGUGCCAAGGAGAGGGAGUGCCCGUGGGUGGCAUCCUGAGCCCAGCUCUGGGUGACAGCUGAGGCCAGAGCUCACCUUGUCCCUGUCCUGUCAAGAUGGCCUUCAGGAGCCUGGGUUUGAAAAGCAGGUGCCGUCCAGGGAGGGCUGGGCACCGCGGAGGGGACCUUCCCCUGGCCCCUUCCUUUCAGCCUCUGGACCCUCAGCCCUCCUGCAUCCCGCUGCUCCCAGGGGGAGCUUCAGGCCUUGAGAGGCAGAAGGGGCCAGAGCAGGCCGCUGUGCCUGGGGACAGAAGGGGGCAUCACCAGGGCCUGUGCAGCCCCCCAGGCUCCCCCGUCCCUCUGCACUGGGGGUGUGCAGAGACCCCAAGGAGGCCCCCCUCUCUCAGGCGAGAGCCUGAGGAACGAUGAAGCUGCCAACCCUGCUCCCCAGUCAGAGGUACUGUCUGCCCGGAGUCCUUGGUGUGUCUGUCUGUCCUGCUGCCAGCUGGAUACGUGGUUUAGAAACGCUGAUGAGGGCGGGAAGCAAACGGAGUUUUCCGCUCACUCGGGCUCUGCUGCUCACAGUCCUCUCCAGAAGGACGCGCCCCCCCCACCCCCCACUCGCGAGCAGGUGGGGGCCCUCUGUGUCUCCCACGUCCUGCCAGGUGGCCACUGAGAGUCUGCCCAACCUUUGCACACAUGUUGGUUCUAGCUCUUGGCAAGUCUUCCAAGACUCCUGCAGCCCAUGAAACAGGGCCUGUGGCCAGCCCUUAAUAAGUGCUCUUGGUGGGUGGCUCCACCCCCUGGACUUCACCUCCUCACUCCUCCUGGCCCUUGACCUCUGGCUGGCUUGGCCAGUCCCCAUUCUCUCAGCUCAGACGUUGUGUGAGUCCCAGCAAUGCUGUCUCCUCCCAGCUCUGUGUCAAAGCUGCUGCUGCAACCUGGGCUUCCUGGAUCCCCUUUUCCCAGGGCUCAGAUGCACACGGUCAGCCGUCGCCGAGGCUGGGCCCUGCUGGGGUGGGUGCUGGUGGCCACGCUGCACCCAGGGGCACCUCAGAGGUCAGCCUCAUGAUCUCCAGGCUCGGCUUACGCCGCAGCCUUCUGGCUUGGGGAGGAGGUGGGGAGGGGUCUCAGAGGGCGUGUAGCAAGCAGGAGGCAGAAGGCAGCCAGCAGAGGCUUUGGGAGUGAGGGUGACAGGAUUGUGUCUGGGGUGGUGGGCAAGGCGGGGGGGCGGGGAGGAAGAAUUUUCCACGGAGAGAGCAGACCCGAAACUUGUCGUCAGGGCGCACCCAGCACUUUGCAUGUGGCCUCUGCUCCGCCGGCCCAGCUGCCCGGCCGCGACGGGAGGGGAGGGAGCCAGCUGCCCUGUUGUGUUUACAGUCGUCAGAAGGGUUUUGGUUUUCGUCGUUGUUGUUGGGGUUUGGUUUGGUUUUGUUUCGUUUCGUUUCGUUUUUUUUUUGGUUUGGCUUGUUUAUUUUUAAGAGGGGUUAAAAAAAAAGUUUGUAAUUAUUUCCUCCAAAGCUCCCAUUAUAUGUCUGUGAAUAAUAAGGAAGAGAUUUUAUAAUAGCAGAAAAUAAUGUGUAUUUGGAGGUCAUCAUGCAACAAGGUGUGGCGGGAACGGAGGUCACUGAGAAAACCCCGCGUGGAAGCCUGGUUCUUGUGACUGUUCUGCUUUGUUUAUGUUCGUCUGGAGGCUCGUCUCCGUUGGGUUAGUUUUCGCACUGCUGGCAGCAGGGAGGGAGGAGGGCGCAGGCUGGGAUGCGGGUGGUUUCGGCAUGACACGGACAGCCUCUGGGGGGACUUCGGAGCUGGGACCUGAGAUUAGCUGUGAACCCUUAGGAGCCCGAUGCAUGCAGGUCAGGGGUCUGAGGGUCCUGCCGCUGGCGGUGACCCCACACAGAACACAGACUGUACAUUUGCCAAUAGGUUUUUUCAGACCACGGUUUCUACUGCAAAUAAACCUGAGUUCUUUUCUGCA